UACCUUACGUACGCCACUCGCCGUCGCAUCUUGAAUAUCGCUGCCUGUCGACUCACGGCGCAUCUAAAAGACCCAGCAUAAUCUCGAAAUAGGCUUCUCGGAUCCUGUGGAUCUACCUAUCACGAUCAUCAUGGCUUCCUCGUCAACGCCCGUUACCCCUUUGCUUUACUCGUGCAUAGCACACAACAACACCAUCCUCAGCGAAUGCACGACAUCCGCCUCGUCGCAAACCUCAUCCCUCGCCUCCCUCAUCCUCCCCAAGAUCGAUCACAGCAGCCCCCAGAAGCUGACCUAUACACACGGUACGCACCACAUUCACUACAUUGCCGAGGCACCUUCGGAUCACCCAGACCACCCUUCCGCUGGCGGGCUCACCUUCCUCGUCAUCGCGGAUGCCUCACUGGGCCGCCGUAUCCCCUUCGGUUUCCUCUUCGAGAUCCGCCGCCGUUUUCUCGAACAGUUCCCCGCCGAGUCGACCGACUACGCCGAGCUACCCAACUACGGCGCCGCCAGUUACAAUGGUCAACUAAAGAAGUUCAUGGUCGACUACGGCACCACGAACGGCGGCAAGGACGACGCCAUCUCCAACGUCCAGCGUGAGAUUGAUGACGUCCGCGGUAUCAUGACGCGCAACAUUGAGGGCCUGCUCGAGCGCGGCGAGCGCAUUGACCUGCUCGUCGACAAGACGGAUCGUCUCGGCGGCAGCGCCCGCGAGUUCCGCGUCCGCAGCCGCGGCCUGAAGCGCAAGAUGUGGUGGAAGAACGUCAAACUCAUGGCGUUGCUCACGCUAGUCGUUGUGCUGAUUAUCCUUGCGAUUGUAAUUGCGGUGAAGAACUGAAAAAAAAAUAAAAAAAAUUGGUGAUGCGGGGGGCAUGAGCUGGUCCCCAGCUCGGCGCUUUGUGUCUUGAGCCGUGCAGGUUUUGUACACAUGGCGAAGUUGUCUUGUUUCGAUUUUGUAGGUGCUGACUCCAGAUUGGGCAAUGGUUUGAAAGGCGAACGGAGAGGCAUAUGGGAGAGCAAAACAACGGAGGCUUUAAUCUCAUUAUCCAUGACCGCGAGGGGACCACCCUUAUUACAUAUUUCUCCUAGGCUGUCAGUCGUGGAUACAGGAGCCACGUCGGAAUACGAAUGAAUUAUUUGAAACCUGUUUUGACACCUUGAGUGUGUAUCUGCGGGAUCAAGCCAUAAAUAUAGUAUGCUAGGCUACCUACAUUGUUCAUAACCAAGCAAACAGUCCUGA